AGGGGGAACGCCAGAACCCGGGACCAUAGCACGGAAACGGCCCGGGGCUGAGCAGCAGGCAGAUCCGGGGAUGGAGGGAGCCGGAGAAGAGGAGUGAGGAGGCCGGGGAGGCAGGCCCUGCUGCCCUCCUGGAGGCCGGCAGCCUGCUGUGGCAGUGGAGGAGCGGUCUGCCCCCAAAGGGAAGGGGUCAGGAGGUCGCGCCCCGGCCCUAGCAGGCUCCGACAAGGCCCCAGUGGAGAGCAGCAGCAGCCCAGGGCCCAGGCCUGGCCUCGGGUUGGCCAAAGGGGGCCUAAAGCAGGCCUCCCCGGCCUCUGCUGGGGGAACUGAGCCAGAGGCAGGCCUCAGGGCACGGCCCAGACGCGUGUGAGCCCUGCUAGAGAGAGGGAACCAGAGGGAACCAGGGCCCUAAAGGGUGUCAGAGACUAAUGUGGUAGGGGGCUUCAGAGCCUCCCAGUCCAGAGCCGGAUUGGCGAGUUAGACGCUUGUAGAUCCGAGGUUGGAUUGGGGAGGGGUCUCUGGGAAGUUGGCUAGCAACGCAAGGAUUGGGGGGAUUUAAGUGCUUAGAGAUCGAAGCAGGUCUUGGGGAGGGGGACUCAGACAAUUGGAAAGCCUGGGCGGUUAUUUGGGGAGGGGUCUUUGCGCUCAGAGGAAGCUCGAAGCAGCACCUGCUUGGCUAAAGGCCUGAGGCUUUGUCAAGAGAAGCUUCUGGAGGGGGGGCCCGACUAGGCCAAGCUGCAAGAAAGAAAGUGAAUAAACCUGGACUUUAAGUGGGUGGGGGCCCCUGAGAGGGGAAUCACAAAGGGUGAGCCAUGGCCACCAGGCGUUUAACCGACGCUUUCUUGUUGUUGCGGAAUAAUUCCAUCCAAACCCGGCAGCUGUUAGCCGAGCAAGUGAGUAGUCACACCACCUCCAGCCCUCUGCAUUCACGUAGCAUUGCUGCGGAGCUGGAUGAGCUGGCUGAUGACCGCAUGGCUCUGGUGUCGGGCAUAAGCCUGGACCCAGAAGCAGCGAUCGGCGUGACGAAGCGAUCGCCCCCUAAGUGGGUGGAUGGCGUGGAUGAGAUACAGUUCGACGUUGGCCGAAUUAAACAGAAGAUGAAGGACUUAGCCAGCCUCCACGACCAGCAUUUAAACAGGCCCACCCUGGACGACAGCAGCGAGCAGGAGCAUGCCAUCGAGAUCACCACGCAGGAGAUCACUCAGCUCUUCCACAGGUGCCAGCGCGCGGUGCAGGCUCUGCCCAGCCGGGCCCGCAGGGCCUGCUCGGAGCAGGAGGAGCGGCUGCUGCGCAAUGUGGUGGCCUCCCUGGCACAGGCGCUGCAGGAGCUGUCCACCGGCUUCCGGCUCGCGCAGUCCGGCUACCUGAAGCGCAUGAAGAAUCGAGAGGAAAGGUCCCAGCCUUUUUUUGAUACAUCAGUGCCGCUGAUGGACGAUGGCGAGGAUAAUACGCUUUACGAUCGGGGUUUCACGGAUGACCAGUUGGUGCUGGUGGAGCAGAACACGCUGAUGGUGGAGGAGAGGGAGCGGGAGAUUCGCCAGAUUGUCCAGUCUAUUUCCGACCUGAACGAGAUAUUCAGGGACCUGGGAGCCAUGAUUGUAGAGCAGGGCACCGUCCUCGAUAGAAUCGACUACAGUGUUGAACAGGCCUGUGUGAAAACGGAGGACGGCCUGAAGCAGCUUCACAAGGCAGAGCAGUAUCAGAAGAAGAAUCGGAAGAUGCUUGUGAUUUUAAUAUUACUCGUCGUCGUCAUUGUCCUCAUCGUUGUCCUCGUCGGCGUGAAGUCUCACUGAGCAGCGUCGGGGCCGUGGGUGCGGCGUGUGGGUCUGGGUGCGCGGGGCUCGGCGCCCGCGGCUCCUGCACAGGUGUGGCCGGGUCCGGGCGGCCGGAGCGGCUCCAGACUCGGCCCAGGCCAGGCGUGCUGCGGCGGGGGAGGGCCGCUGUUCUUCCUUCAGUGGCAAGACUCUCAGGACCUGGGACCUGCUGCGGGAUAGAGAUGAGUUCUCUCUUUGGUUAUAAUUGCUUUUCUUUUUUUUCUUUUAAGAAAGAGAAAACGAGUGUAACGUUUACAGGCGCUCCUCAAGCUGUUCGAUAUUAUAUGUGUACAUGCUACUUUUUUAGCAGUCAUGUCUGAGCAGCAUGUUAAGAUAAUUUUUGGAAAAAUUUUUUUUAAACCAUCUGGUUUUUAAGAAGUUUGGUACCAAAAAUGUAUGAGUAGAGGCAAAAAUGCCUCUCCAUCUUUCUCUAUCUAUUUUCCAGUUGAAGACAAACUGAGAAGUCCUUUAAGGAUUUAUAAUCCGUUCCCCAUUAGCUUAAUCUAGCUUUUCCAUCACUGUUAAUGAUCAGAGUAACAAAGUGUGAAAAAUAAGAAGCCAUCAUUGAUGUUAAUUAACGCGUUUAGAUGGGCCAGUUAAAACAGCUUCGUAAGCUGGAAUUAAUUGUAACUGGAGGCGUCCUCGUCCUCGUCCCACGCCCCACUUUCCGCCGUCAGCAAAAGGCGUUACUAAGCAAAACCACCGAAAUUCAAGAGUUGGUGAUUUUAAAUAGGCCCCCGUUGAAAGGAAGCUUGGCCGUGGGGCGAAAGUCACCGGCGUCAGCCGGCCUGUCCCUGUGCCCGUCUGCAGCCGUCCCGGCGCAGUCCGUUACUCAGACAGUAACCACAUAAUGGCCUGUGCAAACCAGCCUCCGGCUAAUGAGCUGUGAAUUUACACAGAGGCCAUUGGAAACGGGUCACCCCGUUUAGGAUUAGUGCAUCUCAAAUUAUUAACCAAACACCACUCCAUUUCAGAGUAAAAUAUUCCACCAGUGGUUUGAUUUAUCGACCCCUCCGUUGCCACUGAGCGUCCCCGGAUCGCAGGCAUGUGCCUGCAGGUGGUGAAAUUGUGGCUCAGAACAGCCCUCGUUGGUGUGAGUGUGGAGCAGGUCGUCACAGGGGGACGUUGCUGUUUCCUCACCUGCCCUCCGUGCGGUGCUCGAAUGUAUUCCUGGGCCUAUGGAGCCGCCCGGGAAGGUGAGGCUAACUGGAACCUGAAGCUCUUCACCUUCUCCCUGGUCCUGAGACACCGGGAUACCCUUGAUGAUUCUUUGGGUCAUUUUGGAUGGCUCUUAAAAUGUUUUUAAAAAGCA